AAUCUUUCUCUUUCCUUUUAACUUUACCUUUUCUCUUUCUCUUUCUCUUUCUCUUUCUUCCCAAUCUUUCUCUUUCUUUAUAACUUUACCUUUUCUCUUUCUCUUUUUUCUUUCAAAUCUCUCAAAUUUCACUUUCAAUUUUUUUUUCCUCACAUGUUUCUUACGUUUUUUAUAAGAAUUGUGAUCCACAAAAUGAGGAUAAUCGGAGUUGAAUGAAUAUUGUAGAUGAUUUUGGGUUGAUUUGUUGUUAAAGAAGACAUGGAGGAAGAGGUGCCGCGUGAUGAAAUAUUCAUUGUAAGAAAACUUUCAAGUUUGCACUACAUAUGUGUCGUUGCAGUGAUAAUGAGGGACUGUGGUUUGUCUAUGGUUACAUACGCAGAGUGUCUUUCUUAUGGUCAAGGCGUUCCUUCAGUUGAGUUCAAUCCCAACGUAUUUCGUACAAGAGAUGCUUCACUAUUGUGGAAUUACAACAUGAGGAAAAAAGAAGCAAAAGCUCAAAGUGACGACGAAGCGUCAUUGAGGCCUGUUAGAAAAAAUAAGAUAACUAGUGUCACAGAAGUAUUAGAAGUCAGAUGGUUGAUGAUUUUAUUACAUUGUGUAAUUGACAAGAUUUAACUGGAUGUUGAUAUUAA